UGGCCAUAGUCGAUCUAGCCAUCCCUUACACUUAUUUACGGGCAAAAUAAAUACAAGAAAAAACAUAUUAUUAACAAGAAAAUCAGUUGAAAAAUUGCUUUUUGCCAUAAAAUUUGGCAUCAGCUUUACUUAAUACAAUUAAAUUGUUAUUAAUAUUUAAGCUUAGAAGCAAUAAAAUAGUCGUGUGCAAAAUCAAACAAGCAGAGUAAUGUUCUGACAGUGUUUCUGGCAGCAGUGAAGUGAAUGAAAAAGAAAAUUGUUUAAAAAGAACAGAAAGAAAGUGAAGAAAAGCAAAGAAAAUAUAAUAUAACAACACAGAUUUAUUAAAUAUUUGUUAAUAUAAACACUUUUGAGUGAUUGGUCAUGGGCGAACAUACGAAAAGUGCCUCUACAGCAGCUCAAAGUGCAGCGGUCCUAGCGGCAGAGGCAGAAUUGCACCAGCAGCAGCUACAACAACAACAGCAGCAGCAUCAUCAUCAGGCGACUACAAGUGGGAGUGCUGGCUUAACUUCCUCGGCAGCAGCAGCAGCGGAUGCAAUCAGAAGUAAUGCAUUAACGGCCAAGGAUGCGCGAGAAUUACAAGAAAUACGCAAUUUAUUAUGGGGCCCAAAUAUACGGCUGGAUGUGUUUCGACGUUGGUCUCAAGGUUUUGAAUUUAGUGAUGUUGAACCUUCAGCUUUGGUACAAAAGCAAGGUGGUCCAUGUGCUGUGAUUGCUCCCGUGCAAGCCUACAUUCUAAAGAUCCUUAUUAUGGAUACACCUGGUCAUUUUCUAAAGGAUUUAACACCCGAUAAAUGUAAAAGUCUACUAAUACAAGCCCUCUGUACCAUAUUAAGUAAAUGUAAAGCACAACGCUUGCGUUUAGUUACCUUACCUGUUGAUCAGUGUUCCGAAGCCAAAGAAACGCCAGCAGCAACGGAUGUAGACAAUGAUAUAUGUGAUGAUGCGGCCAAUUUAAAUACAAUUGAUCCAGCAGCAGCGGCAUCAUCAGCUGGUGGUGGUUCUGAUUGUGCCGGUGCUUUAUCAUCCGCAUGUCUCACAGCAGCGGCCGAUGAAGAAGUUUCACCCGAAGAAUACCACAAACGCCUACAAGUUAUACAUUUCAAUAGCAUUGAGGAGCUGGAAAGAUAUUAUACGCAUAAUUUCGAUGUAUUAUCUGCCAAAUAUGGGGUUUUACUAUUCAUGUAUACGGUGUUGUUGACCAAAGGCAUUGAGAAUGUCAAUUCAGAGCUAUUGGAUACAUCCGAGCCUUUAAUACACAAUACCUAUGGUUAUGGGUCACAGGCUUUGAUAAAUCUCAUGUUGACUGGACGUGCUGUGGCCCAUGUUUGGGAUAACGAUCAAGAUGUGGGCGGUUUGAAGCUGCGCGGUAUUGAUGAACAAAGUGAUAUAGGUUUCAUUACAUUGAUGGAACAAAUGCGUUACUGUACCGUGGGUUCUUUCUACAAAAAUCCACGUAAUCCUGUUUGGGUUAUGGGUUCGGAAACUCAUUUAACUGUGUUAUUUAGCAAUGAAAAAAGACUCGUCUCACCAGAAACCCCAUCGGAAAUAGCCCGGCGUGUCUUUAAGUCAUAUGAUCCAGAUGGUAAUAAUUUUAUACCCACACCAGUUUUGCAAGAUGUCUUGGCUGCCUUGGAUUUAGUCAGUGAGGCUGAAUAUGUGGAGAUAAUGCAAAGACGCUUAGAUCCCGAAGGUUUGGGUAUAAUAUUACUAAAUGCAUUUAUGGAUGAAUUUUUCCCCCAAGAGAAACGUUCAACACCCGACACCUUUGAUUUGAUGCAUUAUAAUGGUAUACCAGGGUCAAAUGAGGGCAAUAAGGUUCGUUAUUGUAAAGGUUCUGCCAUACUAUUGGAAACUGAUUUGAAAUCAGUUUUUGUAUCCAAUCCAUUAAUGACAUGUUUACAAACAAAAUGGCCAAAUAUUGAAAUGAAUUGGCAUGACAUGAGAAUACCAUCAAUGAAUUGACCACAUCAUUGAAAUGAGAAUUAAGUAGCCUAUCAAAGAUUCUAAAAAAGGAAAUAACAGAAGAGUACAUAUAAAGAGGAUAUAACUAAAUAAACAUCGCUAUACUACUACCACUACUCGAGGCCUAUAUACAAAUACACACACACAUACAAUUCUAGUUGAAGAUAAGUUUGAUUGUGAGGAAAUCUGGAAACCAGAACAAAAACCAAUUCAUCAAUACAACAACAAAACCAAUAAAUAAUACCAUAAAAAGCAAAUCCAGCAAACAAAUGGAAAACAUGAAAAAUACAAAAAAAAAAUGAUGAUUUAUGUAGUACUUGGAAUUAGUACGUUUUUAUGAUUUAUAGCUUUACAUACAUAGAUAUUUUCCCCGCCACAAAAACAAACACUUCCACACUUUGGCCAAAAAGCAAAAGUAAUGUUCAACAAAAUUGGGCAUGUUCUCAUUACAACUGCAUAGAAACUGUACUACACACAAAAUUGUAAUUUUAAAUAACAUAUAAACCCAACCUAGGACAGUGGGUAACAGAUAUGGGAAAUGGAAAUAUGUGUCAAGGAGUAUAACAGGCUCACAUCGGCCCCCAUUGGCUAUUCCUUGAAGUGCCAUUGAUGGCUUUAUAUCGUUUUCAGUUUGUUGAAGGUUCUAUAAAGCACAUAUCCUGAUAUUGUGUUCUUGAUUUGUUAGACACUGUCUUUAGGAAACAAAAUAGAAAGUAGCUGCAUCAAAAGAAAAAACUUUAUAUCCCAUCAAAUAAUAUACCCCUUUACAAAAUAUUCCCCCAACUCUUUAUUAGAAGAAUAAAAUUUCAUUUUGAGAAACAAAAGUAAACACAAAACUAACAAAACCACUUCCAAAUUUAAACAUACAUUUUAAAACUUAGAGUAUUGUAACUCGAAAACAAAACAAAAAAAAAAAACUGAAUUUGAAUACCCGCCAUUAUCAUUAACAGAUUAUAUAUACUUUAACUAUUAGGUAUAUAUAAAUCUAGAUUUGUAAACAAAAAACAAAUAUGUAUCUAUUAUUAUUAUUAUUAGUGAUUAUAAUUUGUUGUUAAUUAAUUGACAAAACAAAGAAACAAAAACUGAAAACUAAGUAAAAAACAAAAGUAAUAAACACACCCCUAAAGUAUUUAAUUAUAAGCUGUUUGCUAUUUUUUUUCAUUUUGGAUUUUCAAAAAUGGUUUUCUCAUUUUUUUUUUUGUAAUGUAUAUUUAUUUGUAAAAUCUAAAACGAACAACAAACAAAAUACCACAAAACUAAACAAAGAGCUCUCACACCAAUUAAUUAAUAAAAUGAAGAAAACAAUUAUAUAUUAAAAAUGUCAUUAAAACAGUUCAGAUUUACUUUAGCACUUUAACAAAAGAUUAAACAAAAAAAAGAAGAAAACAAAAAAUGAAACUAAUAAAAGAACAAACAAAAAGGUAACAUCUAAAAUAAGAAAACUUAACAAAA